AUGGGAUUUAUUGUCUCCAGGCUAUACAAAGGGCAGUCUUUCUUUAUUCUUAUACUCAGGACAGGACUGCCGCCAGAUGACUCAACAGCAAGCGAGUUUCUUUCUUCUUUCUUUUCCAGGUUUAAAAUAACAUAUACAUACAAAAACGAGUGCAUAUCAUACAAAAAGCUAGUCCGAAAAGAGAAAAGCAUCUCAAUAAUUGAAAUGCACGAUGCAAACCACCUGCAUCUCUUCUGGGACUGCAUAACAGGAAUGCACUCUGUCAUAUAUUUUGUCCACUCUCUAUCGAAUGAUAAUGCACUCACAGUUAUUGGGCAGAUAAAGUGUGUCCGGGAUGUAAAUCAAGGGGCGUCUCUUCUACUUGUGGUUAUCCAGAACCAGAUGGAGGCGGAGGAGUACAUGCUCUUUAAAAAAGGCCUGCAAAAAAGCCUUGAUGGCGCGCUUUACCGAAUUAUAAACAGCACAGCAGAGUCCCCAAGCACGCCAACAGCGCAUGUAGAUGACAUAUUCCAGGAAUUUUCGUGGGCUCUUAACCAAGCUGAGUGA